CCCCACAGUCGCGUCCCACGCUCACACGUCAGUCGCGUCCAACGCUCCACCAUAUAUACACUCUCAACCACGCACAUUUCGGUCCUCCCGCACGUCAAAGAAAUCCCUCAACUUCUCCGCAGACUCUGCUACGUCCUUCUCGCGACAUUCAUCGAGCGUCUUGAAAUCCAUCCAAGAUGUUGGAAGCACGCCUUACUCAAGCGGACACCCUCAAGAAGACCGUCGAUGCGAUCAAGGACCUCGUCCAGGACUGCAACUUCGACUGCAAUGACUCCGGCAUCGCUCUGCAGGCCAUGGACAACUCGCACGUCGCACUUGUGUCCAUGAUGUUACGAUCGGAGCAGUUCGAGCCUUAUCGCUGCGACCGCAACGUCGCUCUUGGAAUCAACCUCAACUCGCUGACGAAAGUCCUACGCGCCGCCCAAAGCACAGAUGUGCUCACGCUCAAGGCUGAAGACAGCCCUGACGUGGUCAACCUCAUCUUUGAGAGCCCGUCCGCAGAUCGGAUAAGCGAGUACGACAUCAAACUCAUGGACAUCGACCAAGAGCACUUGGGAAUCCCGGAGACUGAAUACAGCGCUACCAUCAAGAUGCCGUCCACAGAGUUUCAACGGAUAACAAGAGAUUUGAGCGCCAUUUCUGAAUCUGUCGCCAUAGAAUGCACGAAGGAAGGUGUCAAGUUCUCCUCGCAAGGUGACAUUGGCAACGGCUCCAUCACGCUGCGCUCGCACUCGGAUCUGGAGAAGCCAGAAGAGAACGUCGAGAUUCACCUCACGGAGCCUGUUGCUUUGACUUUCUCGCUCAAAUAUCUGUCUAAUUUCUGCAAAGCUACCGGCCUCUCGAAGCAGGUCAAACUCUGUUUGUCCAACGAGGUGCCAUUGCUGGUUGAGUACGACCUUGCCAACAGCAGUUACCUGCGCUUCUAUCUGGCACCAAAGAUCGGUGACGAGGAAUAGGGGACGCGCUCCAGGAAGGCUGCUUUUUAACGACAAAGAGACAAAGGAGGUAAGACUGCGAAAGCGCUGGGAACGACACAUGUGUGACGCUCGAAUGGAUGAAUGAGGCGAAUAGCGCAUACGACAUACGGGUACGAAACCCAGGACCGAUGUAGACUCCAAGUAUUCGAUAAUGACCAAUCUGCGGAGAAAUGGGGCAACAGGAAUGUCACAUUAUUCGACAUAAUUGCAUUAUUCUUCCAUGUGCGGUCAAUGCAAGUAGUAGUGAAAACAAAAAAUUUACACGCUUGUCACAGCUGCCAAUCAUCACAAA